UGCUUCAGCUGAGUUGUGCAGUGACAGCUCCUUAAAGCAGUCGGAGCUGCGUUCAUGUCACGGUUUCAUGUUUUGUUUCUGUUUUGGAAAGUGAGUCUAGAAGCUGAUGUCAUGUUGAUGUUUUCAAGUCGUUUCCUGUGAACAUCACGUCUGCUGGAUGUGCAGCAGUUACCACUCCACUCUAACAUAACAAGACUCUUCAAGCAGUGGAUCUUAAGGUUUUAACUUCAGGUCCAUUAGGUCGUUGUCAGUUUCUCGUUGUCAGCAUGUUGGAAGCUUUUAAGUCAUUUGGUCCUGCACUCGUUUUAAUAUCCAUUACCAGUCGCUCCAACCCUGAGUUGUGAGCCAGAAGAGGAGAGGCUGGGCUGAUGACAAGCAUGACAUUGAGCCAAGCCACAGAUGCAUGCCCACUCAAAAGGCCCAACUGAGCGCCAUCCCCUCUGCUUCCCGGCUUUCAACCAGCCUCUCAGAGGGGGCGUAGCUAGUCUCCUGCACCCCCAAGUAGAACCCCACUGUGAAACUGGAGGUCUCUGAUGGAUCAGGGUAGUAGUGAGCAGAGUCCAGAGGAGCCAGACACAGGAGGCCGAGCAGAGCCGGAGGUCGGCAGGAGGGCGUCGGAGUCAGAGCACGGCUUGUCCAAAAUCACCCAUAAUGCCCUGGAGAACAUGGGAGCGUUGGGCCAUGGCCUGAAGCAGUUCUUCCAGCCACAGCGCCGACGCUCCUCCGUUUCCCCACAUGACUCCGCCUCGUCCUGCACAGGUGCCCCUCCCUCCGAACCCACUGAUGUAGGGUCAGAAGUAGGGGACGCUCCUGCCUCCUUGGCCCUCCCUGUGGAUUCUGACAACCCUGCCGCUUCCGCCCCUCCUGCAGCUCUGAGCCGUGUUCUACAGCAGAUCCGAGGCGCUCCACCAAUGAUGAAGCGAGGCACCAGCCUGCAGAGCCGCCGCAGUAAGGCAGGGGGCCCUGGGGAUCCUCCCCAGAAAGGUAGCCCACAGAUCCACAGGCGCAGCACCCACGAGGCCUUGCUGCAGGCUGGACGCCCGCGCUCCUCCUCGACCACCGACACGCCCAGUAGUCCCGCCUUAGCGGACAUGCUGCUGGCGUCUGGUUACCACUCCACCGAGGAGCCCGACAAGCUGGAUCGCUACGACGGAUCGGGCCCUGCCGUGUCGCCCAACGCCCUCCCCUACGGUGCAGACGGCUAUGAUGUGGUCGACAGCACCCCGGACCCCCAGCGUACUAAGCAGGCCAUUGCACAGCUGCAACAAAAGAUCCUCAAGCUCACCGAACAAAUCAAGAUAGAACAAACUGCGCGUGAUGACAACGUGGCCGAAUACCUGAAGCUCGCUAACAAUGCUGACAAACAGCAGAGCGCUCGCAUCAAACAGGUGUUUGAGAAGAAGAACCAAAAGUCGGCUCAGACCAUCCAGCAACUGCAGAGGAAGCUGGAGCACUACCACCGGAAGCUCCGUGAAGUGGAGCACAACGGCAUCCCACGCCAGCCCAAAGAUGUUUUUCGAGACAUGCACCAGGGGCUGAAAGAUGUUGGAGCCAAGGUAACAGGAGGCCUCUCGAGCUUCUCUCAAGCCACCCAUUCAGCCGCUGGAGCUGUGGUGUCCAAGCCAAGAGAAAUCGCUUCCCUCAUCCGCAACAAGUUUGGCAGUGCUGAUAACAUUGCAGCGCUCAAAGACUCUUUAGAUGAAACCCAAGGAGAUGAAGGUGUUGGCCCUGGGGGAGCGAGGGCCCUCGGGACAGGGCAGUUGCAAUCCAGCCCCAAGUACGGCAGUGAUGAUGACUGUUCUAGUGCUACUUCUGGUUCUGCAGGUGCAAACAGCACCCCUGGAGCCCCUGGUGGCCCCCCUAGCUCCAGGGGUAAUACCCUUGAUCAGGCUCAAGCCUCAGGCUUUGACGCUAUACUCCAUGAGAUCCAGGAGCUUCGUGAAAACCAAGGUCGACUUGAGGAGUCCUUUGACAGUUUAAAAGCCCACUAUCAGCGGGACUACACCGUGAUCAUGGAGGCCCUGCAAGAGGAACGAUACAGGUGUGAACGUCUCGAAGAACAACUCAAUGACUUGACAGAACUGCACCAGAAUGAAAUUCUGAACCUGAAACAGGAACUAGCCAGCAUGGAGGAAAAAAUUGCCUACCAGUCGUAUGAAAGAGCAAGAGACAUACAGGAGGCGCUGGAGGCUUGUCAGACUCGUAUCUCCAAGAUGGAGCUGCAGCAGCAGCAACAGCAGGUGGUGCAGCUGGAGGGUUUGGAAAACGCCACAGCGCGGACUCUUCUGGGAAAGCUAAUCAAUGUGCUGCUAGCUGUUAUGGCAGUCCUUCUGGUGUUUGUGUCCACAGUGGCUAACUGUGUCGUCCCCUUAAUGAAAACACGCAGCCGCACGCUUUCUACGCUGCUCCUCGUGAUCCUCCUCGCCCUCCUCUGGAGGCACUGGGAUGCUAUUUCAGAGUAUCUGCAUCGGUUUCUUCUGCACCCCAGAUGACCGGCUUGAAGACGCAUAUUUAAAAGAUGAAGGGACAAUAUGUAAAGGGAGGUCGUUGACCCAUACAGAAAGUUGAAUCUCAAUAGUCCUACCUUUUCUAAUUGUUCAGCAGCUUUUCAAAACACUCAGGAGGAUUGCAUCAGAGGUUUGUCACUUUACCACUUUCUGAAAAGUGUUUUGAGAAGAAUGAAGCUAAAUAAGGACAGAAAAGGUUCGAUGCUUGAUUUUGACUUUCUAUCACUGGUGCAAUCGUGGCACAAGCACACACUGUAAGGGUGAACGGAGCAUAGCUGAAGGAGGGGCUGAGAGAACUGCACACUUGAUUUCUCUCUUCUGAGUGAAUUUGUUUACACGUGGAAAACUUUUGAGUUGUUUCUCCACAGUAGAAAUUGUAAUUCAGAGUUUUAUUACUUUUGAGCUGAUUCAAGUGGUAUUGUUUUGAAGUCACUGAUAUUUUUAAUACAGCUGAUCGAUGGAUUGUUAUUUUCUUUUAACUGUAAUGAGCUGACAGUGUUCUGCAGAUUUAGUUGCCCACAUUCUCUUCUUUUUUCUACGUUUUAUCUCUUCUGGUCUCGUGAUUCUGGUUUUUCAGUCUGCUUUUCCUUUCCUCUUUACUCUUAUCUUUUUAAAUUUCAGCUUGUGUGACCAACUCUUCUCUUCCUGCUCACUACACUCUGAAGAACGGGGUGCUUGCACAUCAGCUACGUUGCUCCUGAAUCAGACUUGUCACUGGGUCUAAUACUUGUGGGUUCUUCACUUACUACUUUUGGAUGUGUGAAGUCAAUAACACUGGUUCUGCCACAACCAGGAUAAUAUUAUCAAAAACAUUGUUUGGAGUUGCGACCCUGCCAACUGGAUCCUACUGUCCUGGUGGCUUUUCCACUGCAGAAGAAUAAUCUAUGAACUGAAUUAACAUACUUGAAGAGCGGCUAAAGUGCUCAAAGACUCAGUGCUUCCGUACUGUUUCUAUUAGUGACAAUGAAAUAGUAAUACUUUUUAGUUGAUUUUUUUAUUUUUUAAAGAUAAAUAAAUUUGCUGUUUUAAAAGGU